AACCCUCGCCAUUUCUGUUUCGGUUUCUGUUGCUUUCUCUAUUGCUCGUCACACUUUCCCUCCCUCCUUACCUUCCGUUCUUCCCACCCUUCCUCUUCACGUUUUCUGCUUCCACCCUCAUUUUCAGGUAACGCCAGAUCUCUGCUUCCGCAACAAACCACACACAUAUAUAAAUAAAAUCAUUUGCAUUUUGCGUCCUUUCGAUGCCAUGAUCUCUCUGCUCCUCUUCGCCUCUCAACCGAUUCAACCUUCCUUCUGAAAAUAACAGAAAUUCUUUCAGCUACCUCCAUUCCCUUCCCAUGGAUUCCUUUCUUUCCAGCAAUGCCACCGCGCCACAGACUUCGGAUUUCUCCCUCGCGAUCUGCUUCUCUUUCACAUUUUUCAUCGCCAGGUUCUUGCUCGACAGAUUCGUCUUUCGCAGGUUGGCUAUCAGGAUGCUCACAAGGGGUGGGGCUCCUUCAAGGAUUACCAAGGAAAUGCAAGUAAAGAUUGAAAAAUGCUCAGAGUCAAUGUGGAAGCUAAUAUACUAUGCUACAGCUGAAGCAUACAUUCUUAAAUCCAUCUAUCAGGAACCUUGGUUUACUAAUACAAAAUUAUACUUCAUCGAUUGGCCAAAUCAUGAGCUGAAGAAUCCUGUAAAGUUUUACUACAUGUUGCAAUGUGGGUUCUACAUCUACAGCAUUGCUGCUAUUCUCACCUGGGAGACUCGAAGGAAGGAUUUUGCAGUCAUGUUUUCUCACCAUGUAAUCACCGUUAUGCUGAUUGCAGGCUCGUAUGUAACAAGUUUCUUCAGAGUUGGUUCCAUAAUACUUGCCAUUCAUGAUGCAAGUGAUGUAUUCAUGGAAGCUGCCAAGGUUUUCAAAUAUUCUGAAAGAGAAUUUGGUGCUAGUGUGUUCUUUGGAUUCUUUGCACUUUCAUGGCUCAUAUUGCGGCUAAUCAUCUUUCCCUUUUGCGUUAUUAGAGCAACAAGCAUUGACUUGAUUGAUCACUUAAACCUAGCAGAGGCUUUCCCCACAAUGCUUUACUACUUGUUUAAUACACUACUCAUUAUGCUGCUCAUCUUCCAUCUAUACUGGUGGAUGCUAAUAUGUGCAAUGAUCCAUAGGCAGCUGAAAAAUAGGGGAAAAGUUGGUGAGGAUAUUAGAUCAGAUUCAGACGAUGAUUGAACAAGCAAAGGUUGCUGGGUUUCCUUUGUUCUCGCUGGUUGGUGGUAACUCUGCUGAUACAGCUAUUGACUUGUCUGUAGAUUUCUGAGUUCCUUUGGUUAAUAUAACCAAUUGAAGGAGGCUGAAUUUUCCUUAGUUUCAGAUUUUUCAUGAUUACUUUAGUAUAAAAAGGAAGCAGGGAAACCAUCUUAGAAUAUUUUGAUUCAUACAUUUUUGCUGUGUAAAUGAUAGCCAUUCCUGUAUAAUUGUUUUCUUACCAAACAAACCUUAGGUUAGCCAGGGGUUGAUGAAAGGUAGCCGAUAAAGAAUGAUAAUUGAAAAAAAAAAUCAGUGAUCCUUUUGGUAAAAUCUGGUUCCCCAUCUAGAGUUGCGACUUUGAGCAAUUAGUAAUGCUUUUCUGACCAUUAAGAUGCCAUUUUCCUGUAAAAUUGUGGUCUUGCGGGUUUUCAGGAUUUCAAUGACUUGGGAGUCGGGCUUACCUUGUUUUGUUUUCAAGAUCUUCGUCUAAUUUUUAUUUUCAAACUUUGGAAAGAAUAUAUGUGGCUACCUUAAGAAUUUUUUGUUUCCAAAAUAAUUUCCGAGUGCAACUUUUAAAUCACUGUUGAUCA